AUCACCUCCUGGUUGUCCCUGGUCAGGGGAGCCCAGAGGCCGCUACUGCAGCUGUGCCUGUGCCACCCCUAAGGUGGGGAGCGGCAGCCAGGUUCCCGUGCCCCUGGUCCGCCUCUGGACACCCCGGCUGCUCCCCAGCCUCAUGCCUGAACAGGUAACCUUAGUGGCAGGUGGAGUGAUUUCUGGGCUGUUGCUGCUGCUUCUGAUUGGCAUCAUGGGGUACUAUCUCUGGAAGAAGCUGUGUGUCGCCCCUGCCUAUGAAGAGCUUACUGGAAUGUCAACCCCUGCUGAUGGACAGGAGAAACAGCCUUCCCAGUCAGCAGUGACCCAGCCCAACAGAACCCAAGGUAUCCCAUUUGUUGUUCCUCCCUCCUUCCAUGGCCGAAAUUGGAUUACUUUGACCAAUGGAGAGAGGAUCCAGGAUGAGAGUGAUCCCUACAUUGCCCCAGAAUUUCUGCCUCGAACAUCUUUUCAUUCACUUGGGGGUGCCUAUGUGUUUGGGACAAUCAAUCCAGAACUUUACAGAUUUCCUGAGGACAAGAGUGAGACGGACUUCCCCGAAGGCUGCCUGGGGAGGCUGUGGUUCACAGUCGAGUAUGAACAAGAGUCCGAGAGGCUCCUCGUGGGCCUGAUCAAGGCCCGGAAGUUGCAGACCCCCUCCUCGUCAGAGACGUGCAGUCCCCUGGUGAAGCUCUAUCUGCUGCCUGAUGAGCGGCGCUUUCUGCAGUCCAAAAUGAAGCGCAAAACUGCCAACCCGCAAUUCGACGAGAACUUCAUUUUCCAGGUAUCCAGUAGAACAGUCACUCAAAGGAUGCUGAAGUUUUCAGUUUUCCACGUAGACAAGCAAAGGAAACAUCACCUGCUGGGCCAAGUGCUCUUCCCACUGAAAGAUGAGAUGCUAACAAGCCAUAGUCGGCCCAUUGUCUGGAGAGACUUGGAAGCAGAGAGCCUGGAGCCCCCUUCCGAGUUUGGGGACAUCCAAUUCUCUCUCAGCUACAAUGACUAUCUGGGCCGCCUGACCGUAGUGGUGCUGAGAGCCAAGGGCUUGAAGUUCCAGGAUGACAGGAAUGUUGUCAGUGUGUUUGUCAAAGUGUCGCUGAUGAACCACAACAAAUUCGUCAAAUGCAAGAAGACCUCUGCUGUGCUGGGCUCUCCCAAUCCUGUGUAUAAUGAGACUUUUAGCUUCAAGGCUGAUCCUGUGGAACUGGACACUGCGAGUCUGAGCCUGACGGUGCUACAGAACACAGAAGGGGACAAGAGCCAUCAGCUGGGCCGUGUGGUAGUAGGACCCUUCAUGUACACAAGGGGGAAAGAAUUAGAACACUGGAAUGAGAUGAUCAAUAAGCCCAAGGAACUGGUGAAGAGGUGGCACUCGCUCUCUGGAAGCACCUAACUGCACCUGGUCUUCAGGGACAGCGACUUCUCUGCUUUGGAAACUGCUUCUCUUCCUUUAGAAAUCUGUGACCUAAGGACAAGGUGUCAUCUCUGUUUCCCCAAACGCUAGCAGAACCACCAGUAUGGCUUCCUAGCAGAGUUGUGUACACAGGGAGCAGACUCUAACAGGAUAAGGGAAGAUGUCCUCACUAGUUCUAUGCCAGAAAUAGGGCCUCAUCUUUCCUUGGUUAGCAUAGGGAAAGUCCUAAUAAAAUGCCCUCUUUUCUCUCUUGUGGAAUACAAGAGUCCUGUUUUGGAACCUUUAGAGCUGAAGUUAAGUCAGAAUUUCAGGCACUCGGACUGUUUGCUGAAUAGCAUAGAUGUCAGUGAGACAAACUUUGAUCUUCUCUGAAAUUCAAUUCCUCUCAGCACAUGUGAGCACUAUUUUGUAGGCAGACCCACUUCUGUAUUCAGCCACAAAGGGAAAUAUUAUUUUGAGAGGAUAGGAAUAGGAAAAAGCUAGGAAAAUACUGUCCGCGGGACUUUUAGGCCAUUGUGUCAAUGAGAACUACAUAUGGAUUGAGGCAGUUGGUUACAGUAAGAGAUGACUUAUCACUUGUUUACUUGAACCUCAUGUGACCCCUACCUCUAGAUGUGGGCAUUAGGGCUCUGGAACAUAGGACCCAUCCCAGUGAUCCCGUGACCUCAAGGUGGAAUGAAGUUACUUGGCAACAAGAAUGUUUUCUGGGCUAGUUGGAAAAGAAGCUCUUCAGAGCAAAGAAAUGGUACAAACAUCAAAAGUAGAGGGGACAUAUAAGUUGGCUGUAGUAGACUAUAGAUUGUCUAAGUCAAAAUGAUUUGGAUGAUGCAAUACCUGCAGAUAUUGUUCUAAGGGACUGAGAUGGGGACUGGACAACUACAGUGAAAUUCCUGAUGAAGAAAGUAUGACCCUUAUUGUGAGGGUUCCCUGGCCAGGGCUUGUCAAAUCUCUUGG